CCGGCGAGAGAUCUGCGGCUAGGCUGCUGCACUUGCUCCACGGGUCCGGCCUCGGAGGGCAGGAUUGAAGAAUGUGCUGUUGAAAAGAAAGGUCAAAGAAUAAACAAGAAGAGGAAGAGGAAGACUUCAAAGCUGCGAAGAAUGAGUUCUUGUGGUAACGUCUGCGGGUCCAAGCAAGCACAGGCUGCCCCCGAGGGCGGGUACCAGCGCUAUGGAGUCCGAUCCUACCUGCACCAGUUUUAUGAAGACUGCACUACCUCCAUCUGGGAGUAUGAGGACGAUUUCCAGAUCCAGAGAUCACCUAACAGGUGGAGUUCUGUGUUCUGGAAGGUCGGACUCAUCUCAGGCACAGUCUUCGUGGUUCUCGGACUGACUGUUCUGGCAGUGGGAUUUCUCGUGCCCCCCAAAAUCGAGGCCUUUGGUGAAGCAGAUUUUGUGGUGGUCGACUCGCACGCAGUCCAGUUUAACGGUGCCCUUGACAUGUGCAAGCUGGCAGGAGCCGUUCUCUUCUGCAUUGGGGGCACGUCGAUGGCAGGGUGCCUGCUGAUGUCGGUGUUUGCAAAAGGCUACUCCAAAGAAGAGAAAUUCCUUCAGCAAAAGUUUAAAGAGCGAAUCGCAGACAUCAAGGCCCACAGCCAACCCAUUACAAAAGCUCCGGGCCCAGGGGAGACAAAGAUUCCAGUCACUUUGUCCAGGGUUCAAAAUGUCCAGCCUCUCUCGGCAACCUGAAGCUUCCCUCUCACUCCAGUGCUCCCUUCUCUGAGUUAUGCACAGCGUGAAAAGCAGUAGGUCGGUUUUUGAGGUGACAAGGGUUUGGCGUUGACCCGCCCCAGGGCUGUGUUGGGCUGGGGGCAGCAUAGUGCGCAUGCUCACAGCGCUCACUUCCGAUGGCUGUGGUUGUGAUGGUUAAGGCCACGCAGCGAUCUGUGUGCAAGCUUCUGGCUGCUUACCGCGGGUGGUCUGUGUACCCCCAGGAGCCUUCUGGAAUUCCUCUUUGAGAUCUUGUGGCUUUGUGUUAUUUCCUGUGAUGUUUGGAAGUGCUGAACGGUCUAGACCAGCCUACCAAUGACUACCGUGGUCAUUUUAUUUUCUAAUAUUGGUUUUUCUAAUCUUUCCUGCGUGGUGCUGUCUUCCAUUCCUGUCUCACUAUGUGUAAGAUAUUGUCGUGUGUGUUCACAGAAGCAAGGAACUCUGAUUUUUGACCCAGACAUUAGGCUGUUAACUAUAUCUUAACGUGAAGGUCCUGAGGUUAGAUACAAAUUUAUCAGUGUUCUCUAUAAAUCUUUUUCGUUUUCUCCAGCAUCUUUUUUUUCUUUCAUUCAAUAUACUAACAUUACCAACUUAAAAAUGUUGGCCGAAAAAAUAAUAAUAAUAUUAGGAGUACAUAUUUAUGCAGAGUCAAAAAGCACUGAAUUAGAAGCCAGGAAAUUUGAUUUACAACUACUGUGUAUUGCUGGGGAUAUCAUGUAACCACACAAUUUGGAUCAUGAGAGUCUGAGGGUCUCCCUUGCUCAAAUACCUUUCUUUUUUGCUAUAUGUUACUGUGUGUCCCCUAAGGAUGUCUUUGUGGCUCUCACCAUGGUGAGAUUCUUCCAGAAUCAGACCCCUGGAAAUUCAGUGAGUUGGCAGACUUCACACUGCCUACCCUUGAAAAAUCUAACCACAACAGUGUAUACAACGCUGUCAUAUUUUUAUAAAGACAAAAGUAAGCCAUCAAGAAAGAAACCCCUGGGUACAUUUUAACCUUUAAAAAUGCUUUCUUUCUCAAAUCCAGUGUCUUACUCUCCAGAAAGAUGUUCCUCUCAUCCCUCGCACUUUUAUGCAAUCUGUGGAUUUAAAUUAGAUCCAGAAAAAUGGAAGCUGUGACCUUAGUGUUAUCUCAGAAUUUGUGCCACCCUAGAAUUCUGUCUGGUAUUUCUUCUUCCUCUUCCUUCACUGGAUAAAUAAAAUAUCUGAAUGAGCCGAACCUGAAUUGUAUCAUCAUUCCUUCAACAUGGCUAUUUUCUUGCCAACAUGUGAUUUUCCAUUCUGAGGCUGAAUAAACUCUAAUGUUUUCCUGGCUAAACAGAAGAAUAAAUGAGGCAAUUAGUGCUUU